UUGCUGCUGUUGCGUUGUUUCCAUAACAACCACGUGCUAGUAUCAAACAAACUUUGUUUGCGACGGGCUUUCUAACUUCUCCGAAGCGGCUUCCUUUACAUCAAUUUUAAGUCCAGGUCAGUGCUGUGGGCUCUGCGAUUGGCUGAAGAAACACCCUUUGUGAAGCCAAGACAACAUGGCCUGUCUGACCAUAGAUCUCAUAGCUAAAUCUGGAAAACACUUCAAAAAGAGAAGGGGCAUCUCUCUUCUGCAUUACCUGAAGACCCUCACCCAUCUCCACUUUUCCAACAGGAACAUUGAGGAGAUUGGAGAUCUGUCCAUGUGCGGGAACCUCACUGUGCUUUACCUGUUUGAGAAUCGCUUAACAAAGAUUUGCAGCCUGGACUUUGCCUCCAACCUCACCCAUCUGUAUCUGCAGAACAACAACAUCACUCAUAUGGAUAAUCUCUCCAACCUGAGGAAACUCACCAAACUGUAUCUGAGUAGGAACAGAAUUUCAGUGGUGGAGGGUUUGGAGGAGCUCCGCGGACUCAAAGAGCUUCAUUUGGAGAAUCAACAGCUGGAGCCAGGGGACCAGUUGCUCUUUGACCCCACGAGUGUCCUCGCUCUUGCUGAAUCUCUUUGUGUGCUGAAUAUUAAUAACAAUAACAUUGAGGACAUCAAAGACCUGUCGGUGCUGAAGGAACUCGAACAUUUUUCUGCUGCUAAGAACAAAUUGCUUCAUAUUGAUGAGAUGGAGGACGUGUUCGAGCUCUGGUCUAAGCUGCUCAUAUUGGAUUUGAGUGGAAAUCCUGUGUGUAGACAACGAAAGUACAGAGAUCGCCUUAUAGUUGCGUGCCAAAAACUUGGCACUCUUGAUGGUAGAGACAUUAACGAGAUAACCAGGCAAUUCCUUGUUAACUGGAAAGCGGCAAAAGAAAGCAAAAAGAGAAAAAACAAGAAUACAAUGUUGACUUGGCCCCUGGUUGCUCGUCCUCCCACAAAUGACUUUGGGGUCGCAGAGUCAGAGCACAGUCAGAGUUCACUUCCUUUUCGGCCCAACGACAUGCGUAGCGGGGAGCCACAGGAGCCUCUUCAGUCAUUUAUGCCGGUUCAAAGUCAGCCUAUAAGUCCAAUUUCUGAGGUCAUCAGUCUGAAGUCAUGAGUAUCCCUACUAUCUUCAUUCCAACCCUGUUUUGUCUAAACACCUUUCAUCUUUAAGCCAGAUAUUCUGUAGCUGCAGUGGAUGAAAUUCAUGGCAUAUCCAUUUGAUUUCACCAGCUGACUGAAUUAACCACCUGGGAAAGAGUAAUGAGUAAAACAUGUAGCCCUUCUUCUUCUAGAUUUUUAGUUUCUGUACAAAUAAAUCAUUUGCAGCUCA